AGCACGGAAUGCUCAACCUUAAUUAGGCUGCUCCAGAAAGUAAAGGAGGUCGGUUUGACUGUAGGUUUACUUUUUAUCAAUCUCCGUUGUGAGAGGGGUUGUGGUAUGUCUCUGCGUGUUACAGUUGGUCGUCUAUCAAACUCGCUUGUCUCCCAUCCCAAUUUACUGAUCCGUUAUGCUUCCAGUGAGCCGACUGAUGAGCAAGGUGGAUUUACGCGGUCAAUCUACUCCAAACCUAUGUAUAAAUAUGUUGUACGUGACGGGAAAUCUGUUAAAAUAUAUACUGGUUUGGUGACAAAAUCGUCUCGUCCUGCUGUUAAAUUUCGUGAACUUCUUCAGAAGGCAUGGAGUACAGAAACUCUGACAGUGGAUAGCCUCAGAUCAUUGUUGCUAUCACGAAUGAAGGAACGAAACCGACGAAGACAAAUAGUUUCUGACAAAGACGUUGAUAAACUAGGACUAGAUAUUGCCAUAGCUCAUAUGGUGUGCAGUCUGGGCGGUCGCGUUCAGCUCAUCGGUCACACUAGCUGGAUUCAACCAUAUGCUGGGGUCCCUCCUAUACUACCAAAUAAAUACGUUGAGGGUUUCGUGAUCGAAAGCAUUGACCUGUCAGGUACCAAUAUUGUAUAUGAAGGACUAGAGUUUUUACCCUGUUUAACUCAUCUAAGGUACUUAAAAAUGAAAAGAUGUAUACAUCUUGAUGAUUUUUGCUUGUCGAGAAUUGGACGUAUCAAAGGAUUACAAUUUCUCGAUGUCAGUGAGUGCCCUACUAUUACUUCAAAAGGCCUAGCGACAUUGGCACACUUAAAAGCUUUACGCCGCCUAAUAGUGAGUGGAAACCCACAGAUUGAAGACAAGGAAUUAGUUUGCCUCCUGCUAGAAGAUCACUUACCAAAAUUAUACAUUGACGGUGUUGACUACAUCGGUCAACUACCUGAUAAAUCAAAAGAAAAGAUCUUAAGGUUAGUAUCUAGAAACGAAAAGUUUACUCAAACACAAAACGAGGAGACCAAUGUAGACAAAGUUUAUUUGAUUGACAAAGCAUAG